AAAGGUGAUGUGCAUGAUCUAGAAGAAAUAGAAAUAAAAUAUCGUCAAAACGCUCCACUGGUUCUCAAGGGAAUCACUUGCACAUUCAAAGAAGGAACUAGAGUAGGAGUUGUGGGAAGGACAGGAAGUGGGAAAACUACUUUGUUUCGAUUAGUAGAGCCGAGUAGUGGUGACAUUGUAAUAGAUGGACUAGACAUCUGCUCUAUUGGACUAACGGAUUUGAGAAUGAAGCUCAGCAUUAUCCCUCAAGAACCGGUUCUUUUCAGGGGUAGCAUUGGAACCAACUUGGAUCCUCUAGGCUUAUACAGUGAUGAUGAAAUAUGGAGGACCCUAGAGAAGUGUCAGCUAAAGGCAAAAGUCAGCAGUCUACCCAAUCUACUAGACUCAUCUGUGAGUGAUGAAGGGGAAAAUUGGAGUGCCGGGCAGCGGCAGCUGUUCUGCCUUGGAAGAGUGCUUCUUAAGAGGAACAGAAUUCUAGUUCUAGAUGAGGUCACUGCUUCCAUUGAUUCCGCAACAGAUGCCAUUCUUCAAAGAAUAAUCAGGCUAGAAUUUGCAGACUGCACAGUGAUAACAGUUGCUCAUAGAGUUCCAACAGUUAUAGACAGCAACAUGGUCAUGGUAUUUUCUGCUGAUAUUUGGAGGUUUUUUUUUUCUGAACAUGUAGGGAACCUAGUGGAAUAUGAAGAACCCUCAAAGCUCUUGGAUACCAAUUCCUACUUCUCCAAGCUUGUAGCCGAGUAUUGGUCAAGCUGCAAUAAUAACGGAUGCCCAUUGCCAACACCUGAGAAACCGUUCCAUCUUGAUACAUGA